GUCGAAAGGAAACUGGUUGUUUUGGUUGAGCAGCUGGAGAAGGCGGAGAGCGCCACACUCGCUUGCGAAACCCGGUGCCUUAAGCUGGGGUCCCCGACCUGGUGGCCACAGACACCCAUAGGCAGACGUGACCAAGUUCAUGCCAGCCUUUCCAAUGCAGCCGCAUGGAGUGUGGCCGAUGCCGGGGCGCGCCCCUUGCAGUGUAGUGACUUGUCGCCAACCACGAAGACGUGGUGCCAACAGAUCCUCACGAGCAAGCGAGGUCUUCAAGAAACACAUUUGAGCCCUGAGACGCUCCUUGCCAGGAGCCGGUUUCGAAGCAAUUGGUGCCUGACGGGCCCGAGGAAUGCGCAAAUACUUGGGCACCUGGUGUCGUAUGUGCGCGAGCUGCCCGAGCCCUGGGUGAUAGGUCGUUUGAUUGCCACAGGGGAGAUUACGUGCACACAGGGAGCAGGUGCCGUGGAAACCACAUGCGGCCAUGUGACGUUAGCAGGGAAGUUUGGCCAGCGGUGGGCCCACUCGUGGGCCAAAGCUCUGGAAACAUGCAGGAAUGCAGGGGCGACCUUCAAGGCCGUGGUUACAAUGUCGAUAAGGUGCAUUAUUAAGCUGCAAUCCGAACUCAACACAAGCACUUGGGAGCAGACGCAAGGUGAUGCGACCAAAGUUGAUGGUUUUCUGCGCAAGGGGGCCAGCAGCCCGGAGGCAACUUCGUUCAUUGCCGAGGUGAUUGGAGCCUUUGAGCAACGCCAGGCUAGUUUGCUGGGUCCACUUCGGGCAGCCGCCGAAGCGAAGGAAGCGGAGGCACAAGUGGAGGCCAGUCGUGUCCACUUCAAACAGUACAAAGCCUGGCUUUGUGCAGGUAUGGUCAAGGGAAUGAGGCCUUUGUUCCGCAGUUUGUCCAAAGCUGAGCAG